AAGGCUUCCUAGUUUGCACUUGUCAGUGUGUGUCGUCCAGCAACCCCUGGGAAUGGAAGUGGAGUCAUCAGCUUCAACGGGGACCAAUAAGAUCAUAACCUUGGAAGAAUGGAAUGGUUCCUCUCCCACAAAGCUCUCUAAAACUUUCACCAUCAGAGCUUCUCAUUCUUCACUCUCCAUUCAAAGAUCCAGUGCCCGUUUCAGUUAUGUUUGGAAACGAUUCCUUCAAGCAUUUGUGCCCGAGGGCUUUCCAAAUAGCGUGACUUCAGAUUAUGUUCCUUUUCAAAUAUGGGAUUCAUUGCAGGGCCUUUCAACGUAUAUAAGGACAAUGCUUUCGACCCAGGCUCUCUUGAGUGCUAUUGGGGUUGGCGAGAAAUCAGCAACAGUCAUUGGUGCCACUUUUCAGUGGUUCUUGAGGGAUUUAACUGGCAUGCUUGGAGGUAUCCUAUUCACAUUCUACCAGGGAUCAAACCUGGAUAGCAAUGCAAAAAAAUGGCGUUUGGUUGCUGAUCUUAUGAAUGAUCUCGGAAUGCUGAUGGACCUUGUCUCCCCAUUGUUUCCAUCUGCUUUUGUGGUUAUCGUUUGCCUUGGAAGCAUAUCAAGAUCGUUUACUGGUGUUGCAAGUGGUGCCACAAGAGCAGCUUUGACUCAGCAUUUUGCCCUUCAGGAUAAUGCCGCAGACGUAUCAGCUAAGGAAGGAAGUCAAGAAACAGUGGCUACCAUGGUUGGCAUGGCAUUGGGUAUGGUUCUUGCUCGCAUUACAAUGGAACGACCACUAGCCAUAUGGUUUUCCUUCUUGUCUCUGACCCUGUUCCAUAUGUUUGCAAAUUACCAAGCUGUUAGAUGCCUUGCAUUGACCUCACUAAACCCUGAAAGGAGCUCAAUUCUUUUGCAGCAUUUCAUAAGGACUGGCCAAGUUCUCACCCCUGAACAGGUCUCUUCGUUGGAACAUAUUUUACCCUUACAGCUUACUUCAUGGGGCUCAAAGAAUGCUAAUUUACUGCAUUUGCGAGUGCGUUUGGGCACAAGGAUUUCUUCAUUAAAUAACAUGGAAAUAUUGGAGCCUCUGCUUUCUGCAGCAUCUUACUAUGCUAAAGAAAAGUACUUGCUAGUGGAAAGGAAGGGGAUCAUUCAUGUCAUAGCUCAUAAAGACUCGAGUGCUGUCGAUGUCUUGAAGUCAUUUAUUCAUGCUAUUGUUAUGGCAAACCAUAUUGGUAAAAGCAAAUCUUUGCAUACAGACAGUCAAUUGUGGAUAGAUAAUCAGUAUGAAAUUUUUAUUCAGAAGCUCAAGUCAUCAGGUUGGAAAACUGAACGGCUUCUAUCGCCGUCUGUUAUCUGGAGGGCUAACUGGACCUGUGAUCUGUUGGAGGAAAAAAUUGACUAGUUCAUCUUCAAUUUUGAUUCGUUGAACAUUCUUCUCAUAGUGGUGACUAGUGGCAGCUCUGAUUGGAUUGAGAUAUUCUGAAUUCUGAUUUGUUGAAACCAAUUAGGAAACCUGAAGCUAGAGAAGAAAGCUCUUCUAGAAUGAGGAUAUGAUGUUAUUUAUGCUAUAUUUAUGAUUUUGAAGAUCAGAAACUUCCCUGCAUUCUAAUGUCUUGUAUUUGGUUAAGGCAGAUGCUUUGAUUUUAGCCA